UACAUUCUAAGAUAGAUAAAGUUCUUAACCACGUCAUUUGUCAAAGUAAAAUUCUGUGCUGUUGUCAAACAAAUUUAGAACAUUUAUUCUAUUUUGUUCAGAUAAAUACGUUGACUGGUGACACCAAAUGAACGUUUUUGAAGUACUCAAAUGAUGUAAUGAAAUAGAAAUGCGUGAGAAUCGUUGAAGUACGUUUGUCACUUUCGCAAAUGUAAAUCAAAUUUUCUACCCACGCAAAACAAAAGAAUAAUUUUCAGAAGCUUAAACGUCUUGGAAAGAUAAAAGGAAUAUCACGUCUUCUUGUUAAACGAGGAGACAUGACUUCUCCCAGCAAUGGAAUAUAUAUCAUCCAGGGAGAAAUCUCCCUGGUUGUUACAGCAAUGAGAAGAACUUCAAGAUGGAGCUCGCACUCUCAACGAGAUGAUGAUGGAGAUCCACUGUUCAGUAGCUUCUCUCAGUUAAAAGAUGUUCUUAAUACCAUUACAGACCUGGGUGAAAUAGAACCAAAUGCAUUCUUAGGACCAUUUCUUGAGGUGAUACGGUCUGAAGAUACCACUGGACCAAUUACUGGGCUUGCUCUUACAUCAGUCAAUAAGUUCCUGUCUUACGGACUUGUAGAUCCUAAUUGUGAUGAAGCCAGCCCUGCAAUAGAGAAUAUUGCUGAUGCUGUUACUCAUGCCAGGUUUGUAGGAACAGAUCCAGGUUCAGAUGAGGUUGUCCUUAUGAAGAUCCUUCAUGUUUUACGAACACUUCUGUUAUGUCCAGCUGGAGUUCUGUUAACUAAUGAAUCUGUGUGUGAAAUAAUGCAGUCCUGCUUCAGAAUUUGCUUUGAGAUGAGAUUAAGUGAAUUAUUGAGGAAGUCGGCAGAGCACACAUUGAUGGAUAUGGUCCAGCUACUGUUCACAAGAUUACCCCAGUUCAAAGAAGAUCCGAAAUGGACGGCUAAUAUGAAGAAGUUAAAGAUGAGAACAGGGGGUGUUGAUCAGGCAAGAAUGGGUAGGAGAAAAAGAUCUCCUAAACCUAAGCCCAAGAAGCUCAAACCGAGUCUGACUCAGCAAAAUACACAAAGUUCCUCCCAUGGCUCCUCCCAGGCUGUUUUGGCUGCUCCAGGGGACCAGACUGUGCAGCAAGGUUCUGGGUCUGACACACAAGAUGGGGUAAAGGAAGGAUUAGUAGAAGUAGUGAGAGAAGGGCAGAAAGAAGCUGAAAUAGAACAAGCUAUGAAUGAAGAAAUGGAAAAAUCUACAGAGAGUGCUGCUCAAGAAGAUUUAGAGGUAAUUGGUACUUCACAAAGUGGUGAGCUCAGUGAAGGGGUUCAACUCUGCAGGUCUGGUUCCAGCACUGAUUUAAAGGACCACAUAUUUCUGAAUAUUCCAAGUGAGGACAGUUUAGUGCGCUCUGCUAGUGAAGUCAGUUUACCACAGUCGGAGACCUGGGAGGAGGAGUCAGUAAAUUCCCUACCAUCUACUGCUGACACUUCAAUACCAUCGGCAACUGAUGGACCAGUUACCCCUUCCACUGAUACCCCAGAUGCCGGUCAUAAUAAAGAUGAUUUUGUCAAUCCAAGAGGUGUGAGGUUUAUACCCCACCAUCAUCAUGGACAUGAUGGUUCAGGGCCUCUUAUACCUUACGGUUUACCUUGUGUUCGAGAGCUGUUCCGGUUCCUAAUCUCCCUCACCAACCCUCUCGACAGACACAAUACAGACGUGAUGAUCCACAUGGGCCUCAGUUUGCUUACUGUUGCCUUGGAAACCGGGGCUGAUCAUAUAGGACACUUUGCCUCUCUUGUAUAUCUAGUCAAAGAUGAUAUGUGUCGCUAUCUGUUUAUGCUUGUCCAAUCAGACAGAUUGUCUCUGUCAUCAGCAGCACUACGAGUGUGUUUCCUGUUAUUUGAAUCAAUGAGAAGUCAUCUUAAACUACAGCUUGAGAUGUAUCUUACAAAGUUGACUGAUGUGAUAACGUCCGAUCAUCCUCGGAUAACAUAUGAAGUGAGGGAACUUGCCCUUGAAGCUAUUGUACAACUGUGGAGAAUCCCCGGACUGGUUACGGAACUAUACCUCAACUAUGACUGUGACCUUUACUGUACUAAUCUGUUUGAAGAUCUUACAAAACUGUUAUCGAAGAAUGCAUUUCCUGUGUCUGGAUUAUUUUCCACACACCUUUUGUCAUUGGAUGCCCUGCUGACAGUGGUGGAUAGUAUUGAACAACAUUGCCAUAGUCGUAUCCUUAAAUCCACCACUAAUCCAAGUCAUGGCGGGGAUCAAACCAAGAAAGGCACAGAUUCUGGUGAAGGACCGACCACCACUGCUGAGACAGAGAAGGAUGAAGGAGGAGCAACGACUUCUCAAAAAAUGCAGCAAAACCAAGAGAAUAAAAGUGGUAGCAAGUUACGAGAUACAAGAAAAGGUCCAUUCAUCAAACCCAAUAGAAUGAAGGUGACUAGUGAUUUACCAACACAGGAAGAACUUUAUGCACUUAAACAAAGAAAACGGGUGUACCAAACUGGGACGGAAUAUUUCAACCAGAAGCCAGCUAAAGGUAUAGCAUACCUGCAGGAGCAAGGUAUGUUGUCUGAUCCUUUAGACCCAGAAGAGGUUGUCAACUUUAUCAAAGAGAAUCCAAAAAUAGAGAAGAAGAUGUUAGGAGAAUAUAUUACAAAAAGGAACAACAGCAAGUUAUUGGAAGUGUUUGUCAAAUCAUUCCAUUUUGAAGACCUGCGUAUAGAUGAAGCAUUGCGUCAGUAUUUGGAAGCUUUCAGACUGCCAGGGGAAGCCCCUGUAAUCUCAUUGGUCAUGGAACAUUUUGCUGACCAUUGGCAUAAAUCGAACGGAGAGCCUUUUCACAAUGCUGAUGCAGCGUUCACAUUGGGUUAUGCUAUUAUAAUGUUAAAUGUUGAUCAACAUAAUCAUAAUGUGAAGAAACAAAAUAUUCCAAUGACUGUGGAGACAUUGAGCAUGAUCCAGAGUUUCAAGAAAAAUCUUACAAAGACAAAUGGUGGUGAAGACUUUGAGAGUGAAAUGCUGGUAGAAAUUUAUAAUGCCAUCAAGACGGAUGAAAUUGUCAUGCCAUCAGAACACACGGGUCUAGUUAGAGAAAAUUACUUGUGGAAGGUGUUAUUAAAAAGAGGCAAUACAAAAGAGGGUUUAUUUACCCAUGCCCCCACGGGAGCUUUCGACCAUGACCUAUUUACACUGAUCUGGGGACCAACAGUAGCAGCUCUGUCAUUUGUGUUUGACAAAUCAACAUCAGAUGAAUCUAUCAUCUCAAAGGCAAUAUCAGGCUUCAG